GUGCACUGCCCAAGGUGAAUCCUUUGAAGACCUUUUAAUAAAUCCCUGCUUUAUUCCUUUAACUCUGUCCAGCCUCUGUUCCAGGUAAGCCUCUUUAGGCAGCAGUUACUUGCAGCACUGAGCCCAUGGAUGCUGGUCUGCCUCUUGAAAUUGUCCCAGGGACACUUGGAGCCCUCCUGCUACUGAGCUGAAAUCUCCCCAUCACUGAGGGCAAGUGUGUCAGGAGCCUCCAGCAGCAGCAGACUGCUGCUAGGGGAGAUACAUAACCUCAUUUUGUGUUCUGUACCAGCUUGUGCUGUGACACUUAAGUCCAGCAGUGGAAUACUGCUGUGAAGGGAAGUAGAUGGUUUCCUUUCUGGAGCUGUUUUUGAUUCAGUCAUUACCCAUAGGGACAAUGAGUAUCUUUUCAAUGACUUCUUCAGGAAACCACACCAGGGUUUUCCUCUGUCAUUGUGAAAUUGUGCUUUUGAGACACGAGAAGCUCGUGAUUCAUAAAGUUAUGAAUUGCAUUUCUUUCCGAAUCAAUCUGCUGGACAGGGCUGCCUCUUGCCUGGGGGAAGCAGAGCUGAUGGGGUUGUGUAAAGAGGUCCUGACUCUGGGUGGGUGCUUGGCUCCUGGAGCUGACCUACUUUAGCCUUGAUUUGCUCAGAGGUGUUUGUAUACUCGUGAUCAGCCUUGCUGCAUGAUUAAGCUGGCCACGUGUCGUCUCACUUUUUUUUUUCCUAAGGGAUGAGCAGUAAGAUUUGUUUUUGCUGUCUCAUUAGCCUUGUUUCAGGGGAUCAGAGGAGGAUGGAAUGCAAGGAAGGGGAAUCCCAAGGAAGUAGUCCCACACAGGCUGUAGAGACAAACUGUCAUGGAUACAGUGACAAAAUAAGAUUUGAUUCUCCUCUGCAGGAGAAUUCAGUCAGGAAGUAGACUCCAUGGCAUUUUUUCAAGUAGGUCCUUAGAGUUCUUUGGCAGCAGGUUUGGUGUCAUAAAUGGGAGACUUGAACUUUGCUUGUAUGUAUGGGUAUCUUUUGUGUUCCUCCUCAGAGAGAAUUUUUUUAGGCAUUGAACAUCCAGCAGAUGGAGGCUGAAAAGACAGAAAAUAUUAAAUUUCCUAGAAUUUCAAGAAAGCCUUGUGAAAAGACAUUUCUCUGACCUGUUCAUUAUUUAGUAGGGCAUGCUGAUUUUUGCUCUGAUCAUUGAGUUGACAUCUUCUUAACUCUAAAACUCAUUUCAAGAGACAUGCAUGGUUCCUAACUCCUGUAAUGCUAAAAUGUAGGACUGUGAUUGUUAGGACUCAAUGAGCAUUUGGGACAUGGUGGAGAAAGGGCUGACUGAAAAAUAAAUUGAGACUUUUGCUCUUUAUGUAUCUUUUUCUGCUUAAAUGGUCAAGACACUUAAAAUAGCUGCUUUGAAACUAUCAAAUAUAGACAGGUAUAAAACAGCACAGCUGAAUGGAUACCUGAUUUCAAGAUUUUUUUCUUUAAAACCGAUGUGAAAUUUGUUUUUUGAGGUGAACAACAAUUUGUUUUUUGCAUUAGUGCCUGGUGGCUUGUGCAGUGUUCUGGUUCUGAAGCUAAAAUGCUGACUGUUGUAGGCAUUCUUAAAGAGAGAGGACUGUGGAAACUUGCAAAUCCUUUUUCCUCCACCCUCUUUUUUCUUUGUUCAUUCCAGCUCAUCCCAGUCAUAUGUCUGAACUCAUCAUAGGUGGUCCAUGGAAUUACCUAAUGCAGGAUAAUGUGAGUUCAGCCAGCACCCUCACAUAGAGAGGUGUUCAGAAACACACUGAGUUUAGCUGUAAGUAAUUUCUGCUCAUCAGCUGAGACUGAAGAUAAUGUGUUUGGGUCUGAACCAAGCACAGAGAGAUGGCCAGUGACUGGUUUUGCUGGAAAAUUGAGAUGCAGCAACAGUAACAGCAUUGAGUGUGUCACUGUUGGGCUGCUGGGGUAAGAGAGACCCAGCAGCCAACUGGGAAAAGGCUGGCACAGGGAGACAGUAGGGCCUGACCUACAAAGAGCUGGGGGUGUGAAUGAAAGCCUUGCAAAACAAAUAUGGUUACUCAUUCAAUGGCAUUUCAUCUUUUAACUUAAAUUUGGGCUGAUUUAGCUUUGGUCACUUCUGCUUCCAGCUAGAUGUGCCUCUAGCAGUAUUUCCACACACAUUGUCAAAAGUGGAAGAGAGCUUGGUUGGGUUAUUUGUUAUUUGGGAAAGGACCACAGAGGAGUUGUUGGGUGAGAUGGACAAUGAGCCAUCAGCAACAGUGCCAGGACCAGAAAUUUAGAUAAUUUAACCUUGUGAAACUCUGAAUUGGCUGUUCUAGCAGAGCUGAAGGAAAUGAUAACAAGCGACUUUAGGAUUUUUUUUAUUUUUUUUUUUUGGCUAAUAACUCAUAGCAUGUCUACAUACAGGCUUCAGCAGAGUUGGUUACAGUGUGAUCAUGUUGACAGGAUGUUUGGCUUGUAACCUUCAGAGGGUGUCAUGGGAGCUUCUUGUUCUGUGUGCUUGGGAAGUUCUACUGCUGUCACAGGUUGGGAAAGGCAGUCAGGAUGCUCCCAGGUGCAUCAGCCAGAGAACUGUGUCCAACAGACUUUGGAAGUUUCCUUGCAGGAGGAAAAUGUAGAAGAGUUUCUAAAUCUUCCAUAGUAAGUUUUGCUGAAAAGCUUGUUUUGUGACAGCAGUGUGGAAGGGAAGGGCAUCCACAUGUUUGUUGUGUAGUGAGGAGGCACAUUUGAGGGCUUGAGUUGUAGUAUGGGAUAUGGAUUUUAUCUAAAUCUUGAAGCCUGCAGAAUAAAACCAUGUUUAACCCCUGUCCUUCCAAGAUGCCAACUGCUGUUGCAGUGGAAAAUUAAAACAGUAAGCCAAGCCCAAACUUAGGACCACCCUUCAAGUCAGUCAGGAGUGAAGGGUGAGUCUGUCCUUUGCUCUGUGACAGCAAUUUAACUCAUUCUGGGAGCACCUGACACCAAAUGUGAUUGUCAUUGUGUGACCAUUGUGAGCAGGGGGGGUUUGUGCAAAGACCACAGGAUGGUUAAAGGGGCCCAGAAGGAAAUGGUGCCAGAAAUUCCUUCUGCCCAAAGUUUGGUCCAUUGGAGAUGCACAUCCCAACACCUAAACCUUUGGAUGGAUGGAUAAAGCUUCUGCUCUUCGUAAGGAAAUGAAUAUUUGAUCCCUGAGUUGGAAACAUCUGUUGCUUUUGAAACUUUGUGUAAAACAAUUGUUUUUAAGGCAUUUUUUAAGCUUGCUGGUUUUCCUUGCAUUCAGGUUUUUGAAAGCAUUUGACCAACAGAACAUGAGGCAUGGAAGAGUUCUGAGGUUAUCAGCUGCUUUGGGCUGAGCAUCAUCAUCUUUGCCCAAGUAGAUUUAGGCUUCCAAGACAGGCCUUCAGACAGUCCAAUGGCAGACCAAAGGAUGGACAUAUCUUCUACAAUUAGUGACUUUAUGUCACCAGACCCUGCUGACUUGAUCUCCAGUUCCCUUAGCACUUCAGGAAUGGACUGUAAUAGGAAAAGAAAGGGAAGCUCAACUGAUUAUCAGCUCGAUGGCUUUCCUUUUGAGGAAGGUAUGGAUACAGAUAAAGAUGACCAACAUGGAAGAUUGGAGUAUGCAGACCAACAAGGCAGGAUAAAAAAUGCAAGGGAGGCUCACAGUCAGAUCGAGAAGAGGCGCAGGGACAAGAUGAACAGUUUCAUAGACGAGCUGGCCUCGCUGGUGCCCACGUGCAAUGCCAUGUCCCGCAAGCUGGACAAGCUCACUGUGCUCAGGAUGGCUGUCCAGCACAUGAAAACACUUCGUGGUGCUACAAACCCAUAUACAGAAGCAAACUACAAGCCUGCUUUUCUAUCAGAUGAUGAAUUAAAACAUCUUAUUCUCAGGGCAGCAGAUGGAUUUCUUUUUGUUGUGGGCUGUGACAGAGGGAAGAUACUGUUUGUUUCAGAAUCUGUCUUCAAGAUCCUCAACUACAGUCAGAAUGAUUUGAUUGGUCAAAGUUUAUUUGAUUAUCUCCAUCCUAAAGACAUUGCCAAAGUGAAGGAGCAGCUCUCUUCUUCUGACACUGCGCCACGAGAAAGACUCAUAGAUGCAAAAACCGGGCUCCCUGUCAAGACAGACAUCACGCCCGGGCCCUCGCGCCUCUGCUCGGGCGCGCGCCGCUCCUUCUUCUGCAGGAUGAAGUGCAACAGGCCCUCUGUCAAAGUGGAGGACAAGGAUUUCCCUUCAACCUGCUCAAAGAAGAAAGACCGCAAAAGCUUUUGCACUAUUCAUAGCACAGGCUACUUAAAAAGCUGGCCUCCCACAAAGAUGGGGCUGGAUGAGGACAACGAGCCAGACAACGAGGGCUGCAACCUGAGCUGCCUGGUGGCCAUCGGGAGGCUCCAUCCCCACGUGGUGCCGCAGCCGGCCAACGGCGAGAUCCGCGUCAAGCCCACCGAGUACGUGUCCCGCCACGCCAUCGACGGCAAAUUCGUCUUCGUGGACCAGAGGGCAACAGCCAUCCUGGCAUACUUACCCCAGGAACUUCUAGGUACUUCGUGUUAUGAAUAUUUUCAUCAAGAUGAUAUAGCACAUCUUGCAGAAUGUCACAGACAAGUUUUGCAGACGAGAGAAAAAAUUACAACUAACUGCUACAAGUUUAAAAUAAAAGAUGGCUCUUUUAUUACGUUGCGGAGUCGCUGGUUCAGUUUCAUGAACCCUUGGACCAAAGAAGUAGAAUACAUUGUCUCCACAAACACAGUUGUUUGCACCACGGUCCUGGAGAGCGGGGACGGGGCCUUUCCCCAGCUGGCAGCAUCCCCACACAGCAUGGACAGCGUGCUCCAGGCUGGAGAAGGUGGCCCCAAAAGGACCCAUCCCACUGUGCCUGGAAUUCCAGGUGGAACAAGAGCUGGGGCAGGUAAAAUAGGGAGGAUGAUUGCUGAAGAAAUCAUGGAGAUUCACAGGAUAAGGGGAUCAUCACCUUCCAGUUGUGGCUCAAGUCCCCUGAACAUCACCAGCACCCCCCCGCCCGACACAUCCUCGCCAGGAGGGAAGAAGAUCUUGAAUGGUGGCACUCCAGACAUUUCUUCAGCUGGGCUGCUGUCGGGACAAAUCCAGGAUAAUUCUGGGUACCCAUAUUCCGACAACUCCUCUAUCCUGGGGGAGAACUCCCACAUCGGCAUGGACAUGAUCGACACGGAGCAGGGCUCCAGCAGCCCCAGCAAUGACGAGGCGGCCAUGGCAGUGAUCAUGAGCCUGCUGGAGGCCGACGCGGGGCUCGGCGGCCCCGUGGACUUCAGCGACCUGCCCUGGCCCUUGUAAAGCACCCGGCACCCCAGAUCCAAGUGCAUUUACUGGUGGAGCUCUGCAGCCUGUGAAACUCGUGGGACUGAGAGGCUUUUAUGUGGGAACUUCAUAAAAGCUGUGUCAGAACGCAACUCAUCCUACCAUGUGUAACUUCAGACAAAGUGGAAUAACCUGCUACAGUGUUCUGUGUUGAUUUGGUUAGCUGUGUAUAGCUUGCGAUACUUGUAUAUUUUGGAUUCUGUUGUUUGAAAUUUUUUUUAAAUCACUGUGCAACUCACUGGCAUCAGUGGUAGCUUUUAUAUGCAAAUGACCAUUUCAGAUGUAUGGUGUGUUUUUACACUGCAAAACAGUCCCCAUGUGGAUAUUUCUUAUACUAAUUGUACCAUAAAGCUGUUUAUUCUUUCUUGUAAGAAUCCUUUACUAUAAAUAUUGUUAAAGUGUAAUGUAUUAGACAGUUAAAUAUUUUUAAAAUAAAUGUUUCCCUUGUUCUAAGAUGGAGCAUUUACUUUGAUAAAUAAAUUUGAUAAAACCCUGCUGAAGGUGCAUGCUAGAA